AUGAUCGUUCUCCAGAUCAAAUUUAAGACACUCCCUACACUUAUAAUAGUACUUUUCCUAUUGUUUACAUUGCGUAAUCAUUUACCUCUCGCAACUCGUUUCCAACUGGCUAAUAACAGUUGGGUAACACCUAAUAUCUAUCAAAAAGGUGAUAAAGUAGAAAUUAUUGUUAAUAAAGUUGAAAGUGAUUUAACUCAACUUCCCUAUGCAUACUAUGAUUUACCAUUUACUUGCCCUCCAUCAAAUUUUAAGAAACCAUUACAUCUUUCCUUAAAUGAGAUAAUACGUGGUGAUCGUAAAUGGCAAAGUGAUUACGAACUAAAAUUUGGCGAAGAUAUGCCAUGUAGUAUUCUUUGUGCACGUAAAACUGACAAAGAAGGGAUGAAAACAGCAAUUGACUUGAUUAAGAAGGGGUAUGUUGCUCAGUGGCUAAUUGAUGAAGAACUGCCUGCUGCUACAACUUUCAUCUCCACAAAGGACCACAAGAAAUAUUAUGGAUCUGGUUUUCCUUUAGGGUAUUACGAUGAGGAUACUGAAACUGUUUAUCUUCAUAACCAUUUGAUGUUUGUCAUAAGGUUUCACGCUAUCGAUGAUAAUAAUUUUACUAUUGUAGGUUUUGAAGUUUAUCCAAGGUCUGUAUCUGACUACAGUUGUCCUGGUGCAAGGAGAGAUUAUGAAAAUUAUGAGUUAGUUGUUCCAGAAGCGGACGAUGAAUUGCAAUAUCUACCAUUUACUUACUCUGUUUACUGGAGAGAGGAAUUUGAUGUAGAAUGGAAGGACCGGUUUAAGUUUUUCUUCAAUAAUGGAGAAUUAUCUGAUGAAAUAACUGCGAAGUUCCAUUGGAUCAGUUUAGCCAAUUCUAUUGGGAUUGUCAUUCUUGCAUCAUUUAUUGUUGCGUUUAUCUUUAUUAAGGUAUCGAUAAAAGACCGCUCUACUCAAGAUAGGGAUACAUUUGAAGUGAAUUUAUUGGCUGAUAACACAGCUGCUCUACCAACGAUAGCGGGAAAUUGGCUAAACCCUAAGAAAACAAGAGGUUUACGUGUUUUGAUCGUCAUUGUCUCAAUGGGUGUUCAAUGUCUCUUUACUAUUGUUGGAGCUUUGGCCAUCUCGUGUUCUCUGAACAAGUUGCAUGAUGUUAGAAAUUCUGUUUUAUCAAUGACUUUUGUUUUUUUCAUACUAGGUGCAGCAAUGGCUUCUUAUGUCGGUUCGUAUCUUUUAAUCCAAAGCAGUAUGAGAGGCAACUCGAUGUCUCUGAAUGACACACAGAUUCGCAGUAUUAUAUCAUUUUCUAUUUUAUGUGGUUGUCUAUUACCUGGUUUGGUAUUGACCAGUACAUUAAUUUUAAAUAGUAUUGUUUGGGCACAUGAUUCUACAAAUGCUUUACCAUUCGGCACGAUCGUUUUGAUUGUAUUCAUGUACUUCCUUGUUUGUAUUCCUUUGAGUUAUAUUGGAGGUCAGUUGGCUGUGAAAUCUCUUGAAAACAAAAGAAUGAAAGUGAGUGGAAAUACUAACGAUCGUACAUAUGCAGAAAAAGUUGGUGGUUCUUUGACAAGAUUUAGAAGUAAAAAGAAAAGUCUAAUAACUGAUUCGUUCAACAUCCUUCUAAUCCUAAUUAGUGGUAUUUUCCCAUUUAUUAUAAUCUACGUUGAAUUACAAUUUGUUUACAAGUCUGUUUGGUUAGAGAAAACUACCUUUUAUUAUUAUUAUGGAUUCCUUUUAGCUAACAUUUUAUUGUUAUGUAUUGUCAUUUGUGAAAUUUCUAUUAUUGUUUGUUACAUUCUAAUGACGAUAACAUCAAAAAAAGAAGCGGAUGAAGUUGAUUGGAGGUGGAAAGUCUAUCAAGCCGGCAGUAGUCCUGCAUGGUACAUGGAAUUAUAUUCGUUGUAUUAUAUUUUCUGGAUAUUAAAUAUCCGUGGAUUUUCCUCUAUUCUACUAUCUGUGUGUUAUAGUACAAUCUUCAACAUAAUAUGUGGUUUUGGUAUGGGAUCCCUUGGCUACUUGAGUAGUUACUUUUUCAUAAGGUAUAUUUCACGUAGCCGGACCAAAACUCAUUAA